AUAUUUUUAGUCACCACGCUCUUCAGCAAAUAUAGAAAAGCGUACUCGGACCAGUGUUAACCAUACAUCAUUGACCGACUCUCGCGCACCCCUAGCGAGUACGUGUCUGUAGGCCCUGCAGCUGUACACCACUGCCACGUAGAUGGACAGAAUAUUUUUUAGACGGUCUAACGAAGUUGAGCCGGUAGCGGCUUUGCGCAGCAGAGAGACCAAGGCUGAAAGAGAGAUGCCAUGAGAUGCCAUCCGACAGGAUGGAAGGCACUGAGGAUAAGGGAGGGGCAGGUCGCUGGCCCCUAUGUAUCAACAGGAGGAAGGAGAAACAAGCGCAGGAAAUCUUAGGGAUACGGUGGCUGUGCAUCAGUUUGACGGUUCCUGGAAAUUCGAGAUGCGUAUGUUAACGCCUGCAGAGGAGGAGACGGAUGCUCCAGAGGUUGACUGGGAGGACCAGCAGCGCAUAAACACGUUUUCAAAGCUCAAUACCAGAUGCAAGGAUUUAGAAGAAGACUUGGAAAAGAAGAAGGAAGACCGUGAAGCACUGGACGAUCUGUCGACAGAAUUAGAGACUAUUGAGCUCAUGGACGAGGGAACCCCUGUUCUGUAUCGAGUAGGGGAAGCAUUUCUUCAUGUUCCUGUUGGCAAGGCACAAAAAAUGAUGGUGGCUGAUCAAGAGUGUCUCGCGAGAGAGAUCAAUGCCUUGCAGAUCCGUUUGGAUGACUGCAUUCAGGAAAUGAAGAGCCUUAAGGCUACCUUGUAUGCCAAGUUCGGAAAGGCUAUCAAUUUGGAUUAAUUUUGUUGAUGUCCCGAUACGUACCCCUUGUGCGG